AUGUAUAGAAAUUUCGCUUCUAAUAAUACAAGGACUACAGCUAACCUGCUUAGUUUGAAGUAUUAAUUGAAGGAAUUUUCGGAUGUUCCCACUAAGAAGUUCAUAAGAUUGAAUGCCGAUGAAGUUAACCUACUUUUUAGGAUUCAAGAGUUAAGUUCGAAUUGGGCUUAUGUAAUUUCUCUAUUUAGAGUUAGAAUAUGAGCAGUUUGAAUAGAAGAUUCGAGUUCUAGAAUUUUUAAGACUCUUUCUGUUUUAUGGGAUAAGUUUCUCAAAUAGCUGAGUAGAUGAAACGUAAUUAUUAUAAAAAUUGUAGACUAUCCAAAAUGGUACAACAAGAAUGGAAUUGUUACAAUUGAUCUCACAACCCCUGAGGUAAAAGGUGUAACAUUAAAAGAUGUACUCUUGGCCUAUACUGCUGAUCAUAUUUCUUAAAUAAUUAUUUCAAAUCAUAGCAACUCUAUUUUUGAUAAUUGUAACCUACACCUAGAAAAUCUGAUACAAUCUUGGAAUAAUAAUUAUUAAAAAAGUCAAGAACUUAACUAAGUCUUUGACAGAUCUGUGAAUUUCUUAUGA